AUGUUACCCUUACCAUUUUUCCCUCCCCUGCGCCCCUCCCCUCCGCUCAUCUGUUUACAUUGCACCACUCUCCCCGUCCUUGUCAGCUCUCUUCCACCUCGCCCAUCUCCCCAAGCCUGUUCUCCUCCGAACCCUCUUCUCUGCCCUUCCCCACCUCCACCCUUCUCUCUCCCCACCUUCCCCUUAACCCCUCUCCACUCUCCUCCCCACCUUCCCCUUAACCCCUCUCCACUCUCCUCCCCACCUUCCCCCUUAACCCGUCUCCACUCUCCUCCCGACCUUUUCCCCCCACCCCCUCUUCCCCCCCCUCCCCAGCUGAUGAACGCGAACGGCAUAGUGGCGCUGCCAGUGGCGGCACCGCCGGGGAAGUGGCUGGGGGUGGGCGGGCGGGGCGAGUCAUAUGAAGUGGCGAGCAUGGCAGACGUGGCAAUGCAUCUAGUGAGGGAGGCAGCGAGGCCAGCAGCGCUCUGA